AUGAAAAUUUUGUCAUUUUUAGUUUCAAUUUUUAUUAAUAAAAGAAGAGAAAAAUUAAGAAAAAAAAGAGGAAUAUCAUGGUUAGCUGAUCUUUUAAUCUAUUCAUCAUCAUAUGACUAUAGAUUAUUACGUUUUAUUACUACAUUACCAUUCAAUUUUAUUUUUUCAAAUCUUUUAUAUACAGUAGCAUGGGGUGAUUUAAAUUAUAUGGAAUAUUCACCUCAAUUUGCCUGGAUAUUUCAAGCUUUCAUAACAUUUCUUUUAAUGUUAUUUUUUGCUUACUCUCCAACAUUUCGUUCUAUUUUAAUUGUAGCUGUCGUUACAACAAUUGGAAGGAGUGGUCUUACAAUUGUUACAUGGAAAAUAAUGGAUAAUUUAAUAAAUGGUCCUGUAACAAAUAUGGCAGAAAAUUUUAAACAAACAGCAACUGGUAUUACUUGUUUUGUGGCAUUACAAAAAAAUGUUACAGAAGAAAGGUUUACUCUAGCAGCUGGACCAUUAGAACAUUUUAUUCAAUCAAAUAUAGCUAAAGGAAUAAAAAUAAGUAAAAAAAUUAUUAAUACAAUAAAAGUUAUCCUACAACCAUUCAAAGAUGAAGUUGAAGAAAAGACAGAAGAAGAUGAAUUGGCAGAAUCAUUAAAAAAAUAUAAAACAAGUAUUGAAGAAAGAGAAUUAUUAAAAAAUAAUAUUAAGGAUAUUGUUGAUGUUCAAAAAACAAAUAUAUCUGAUACAGUGGUAAAAUAUUCAAAAUUUAGAAGUAAUUUAGUUAAAAAAAUGGCUACAAGAAUGGAAGAUAGAUGUAUGGAAAUAUUUCGACAAAUUACAACAUCAUGUGUAAGUUAUCUUGAUAUAGCUAAAGAGGCAUGUUAUACAAAAAUACCAAAUUUUAUUGGUCAACAUAUAUGUCCUAAUUUUAAUCAAGAAAAAUAUUGUUCUGGUAUUUCAGAAAAAGAAACUAAAAAUAAAUGUGAUAAUUUAAUAUCAAAUAAUAGUGAUACAUUAUUUCCAGUUACUUUUGAUCAAGAGAUACAAAAUUUUAAAGAUAGUUCUACUCAUAUAACUGAAGAGAUGGCUAUUUCAAUGCAUAUGAAAAGAAUAGAUGGUGAAAGGAAGACUAAUGUUAAAUUAAUGGGUCAACUUUCAAAUAUGAUUCAUAGUGAAAUUCAUUAUAUACAAAUAGCUAUAGAAAGUAUGAAAGAAUUUGGCAAUUUAUGGGUUUUAAUGUUUGUUUAUAUAAUUUUUGAAGAUUCUGUUAUUUUUUGUAGAAAUUUUUUAAAUGAAAUUGAAUUUGAAAAUUAUUAUUAUACAUGGUAUUUUUGGAAAAUUGAUAAUGAAAGACAAAAAUCAAAAAAAACUUAUCUAUAUCCAUUGACAAAUGCUGAAAAAAAGAUUAAUAAAAUUAUAAAUGUAUUUGGUAAACCAAUACCAAAAGAAAAAAAAGCUAUGAAAUUACCUUUUAUUUUAUGGAUAGUUUUAACAUUUUUUGUUAUUGGUGUUAUCUCACUUGAUCAUUAUUUUUAUAGAGUUCUUAAUGUAGUUAAUAAAUAUGGUAAUAUUAUUUAUGAUAAUUCUGGUAGUAGUAAAAUAUCUUUAAAUAUAACUGGUGAAGGAAUUUUUGUUGAUUGGAUGAGAGAGAUGCUUUCAUUUAAUUAUACAAGAAUAUCAAAUAAUACUAUUACAAGUAAUUUUUGUAAUAAAUCACCAAUUAAACCAAAAUAUAUGAAUUAUUUUCAAUCUCUAGCUUUACCUUUAUUAUACAUGUUAUUUUGUCAAGUUAUAUUUAAUUAUCUUAUCAAAAGAAUAACAGUUGUCUAUAUUUUAGGAUAUAUGUUUAGAAAAAGACAAAAAACAAGAGUUAUUUAUUUAUAUAAUAAAAUUUUAUAUUCAAGAGAAAAUAUUAGAAAAAUGACAAGAACAAAAAUACGUUUUGAAGCUAAAAAAGAAAUAUUAUAUCAUCAAGAUUCUGCUUUAAUGUGGAUUUUUCGUAAAGGUUAUAUUAAAAAUUAUAUUAUUGAUAGAUUUUUUAAAUUAUAUAAAUGUCUUUUAUGUGAAGAAAGAUAUCAAUAUAUAAAAAUUAUAACAUGUAAUGCUAUAAAUUGUCCUGGAGUUUAUUGUUAUAAAUGUUGGAAAGAUAAUAAUAAUUUGUGUUAUGCAUGUUUAGCAAAAACAGAUAAAGUUAAUAGUGAAAAGACUCGAAUAAUUGAAAAAGAGGAUGUAUAUCUUGAAAAAUAUAAAAAAAUAAAAGAUUCAAUUAGAGAAAGUAAAAAAUUAGAAAAAGAGGAAAAAGAUAAUAAAAAAUAA